AUGGUUAAACAUCUUGAUUUCCUUUCCUUCGCCCAAUAUAUCUUCUUUGCCAUUAUUCUUGCAGCAAUCCCGGCUAGAUCUGAUGAUGAAACACCAAUUCCAGAUACUCCGGAUGGAGUGAAAACAUGGUUUGAUGCUAAUGUCAAGCCCCUUGCUGAUCGUGCUGGCACCUUAGAGAAAGCUCUCGAAGCAGCGGAAGCUAAACCUAAAACCAUUAAGGUUAGAGCAGAUGGAAGCGGAGAAUUCAAGACCAUAACUGAUGCAGUUAAGAGUAUUCCAGCAAAAAAUACACAGCGCAUUAUUGUAGAUAUCGGUCCUGGAACCUACACCGAAAAAGUCAUCAUUGAAGAAGACAAGCCUUUCAUUACUUUUCUCGGACCAGAAGGUGGUGAAAGGCCAACCUUGGCAUUUGGUGAUACUGCUGCUAAAACUGUAGCUCCUUACACUGCCACAUUAGAAGUGGAUUCUGAUUUUUUCGUGGCAUCUAACUUAAUAAUUCAGAAUACUGCACCUAGGCCGAAGGGUGAAAGAAAACCAGCCCAAGCAGCAGUUGCUUUUAGGAUCGGCGGUAAUAUGGGAGCUUUUUACAAUGUUAAAAUGAUUGGAUUUCUGAAUACAUUGUGCGAUGACAAGGGAUCUCAUUUCUUUAAAGACUGCUUCAUCGAAGGCACUUAUGAUUUUAUUUUUGGAAACGGGAAAUCCAUUUACCUACAAACGGAGAUAAAUGUAUUAGCAGAUGUUCCUAAAGAACUAAAUGUAAUAACAGCACAAGCACGAGAAUCAGAAGAUCAAGAUGUGGGCUUCUCUAUUGUACAUUGUAAAGUAGGUGGAAAAGGAAGUGGAGCAUACUUGGGUGAACCAUUGCGUCCAAUGCCUAAAGUGGUGUUCGCUUAUUGUGCUAUGAGUGACGUUGUCAAUGUUAAAGGGUGGAUUAAUAAUAAUUUUGUACCCAAAGCAGAAGGGGAUUUCUUUUUUGGAGAAUACAAGAAUACAGGACCAGGUGCUGAUCCUGCUGGACGUGUUAAAUUUGCCAAACAGCUAACAGAAGAAGAAGUGAAACCCUUUCUUAAUCUUGGUUAUAUUAAAGGAACCAGUUGGUUGCUUCCUCCUCCGAAGGUGUAA